GCAGUUUAUUUUUUCCCGGCGAACCUACGGUGGCGCAAUGACGGCGCUAACCCCAACAUUAACUUUCCGACAACUCCCACGUCUCCACAAAUUCCGCCCACACCAUUUUUCCCAUCCAUUUUCUUUUUCUUCAAUAAAAUCUUGUUAUUCAUUAAAUGAAGAUAUUAAAAAUCAAGAAAUAGAUACAAACACUAUAUCUAUAGAUAUAAAGCAAAACCCAGAAACUAUAUACAAAAAUAAUGAUAAUAAGAUUAAAAAGGCGAAACCUUUUUUUCCAAAAAGAGGUGAGACUUUGGAAUUAGUGUGUGAAUCUUUAGGGUUUAAGGGAAAAGGUGUGUGUAAAGUGGAGGAAACUGGGUAUGUUGUUAUGUGUGAUCGGGCGCUUCCCGGUGAACGGUUUCUUGGUCGGGUUACUCGAAAAAAGAAUAAUUACUCUGAGGUGACGAAAUUGAAGACGCUAAGUCCUCAUAGAGAUAUGGUGGAAGCACCAUGUGAAUAUGCUUCUCAUUGUGGAGGCUGUAAGACACAAAACCUAUUAUAUGAGGCCCAGGUCAGAGCUAAGGACGAACAAGUACGAGACUUGGUGGUACAUGUUGGGAAAUUUUCUCAUAGAGACCCAGAAUUUGAGAAUGUAAUGAAACCCAUUGUUCCAUGUGAUAUGCAAUUUCACUACAGAAAUAAGAUGGAAUUUUCUUUUGGUCCCAAACGAUGGUUGCCUAAGGAACAACUGGAUGAUAAAAGCCAAGAUGCUAAUGUCUAUUCUUUGGGAUUACAUGCUCCUGGUUUUUUUGAUAAGGUGUUAAAUGUCAACAAAUGCUUUUUGCAGAGUGAACCUGCAAAUAAGGUUCUUGCAGCCGUUCAAGAUUGUUGGAGGAUUCCAGAGCUAGGAUUAUCACCAUAUGAUUGCCAUUCUCAUGCUGGAUUUAUGAAGCACCUGACUAUAAGAAGCGGAAGAGAUGUCGAGACGCAGCUCCCUCAGCUUAUGGUAAAUUUCGUAACGUCUUCCUACAAGCCAGAGCUAUUGAAGCCUCUUGUUGACAAACUUGCAGUGUUUCCAGAAGUGGUAAGCAUCGUGAACAAUAUAAACACAUCCGUUGGUAACACAUCUGUUGGAGAGAAAGAGUACACACUAUAUGGGAAAGCUACCAUCACUGAGAUCUUAAGAGGAUUAGCAUUUGAAAUUUCAGCAAACUCUUUCUUCCAGACAAAUGCACACCAGGCUGAGAUUUUGUACAAGUUAGUUGAAGAGUGUGCUGGUCUGAAAGGAGAUGGCUCAGAAAUUGUCCUCGACCUAUUUUGUGGAACUGGAACCAUUGGCUUGACAUUAGCCAAAAAGGUAAAACAUGUUUAUGGUUAUGAAGUAGUCCCUGAAGCCAUCUCAGAUGCUCGUCGGAAUGCCAAUCUGAAUGGGCUUCACAAUGCCACAUUUAUCCAAGGGGAUCUUAAUAAAAUUAAUGAAAGUUUUGGAAAGGAUUUCCCAAAACCCGACAUUGUCAUAUCAGAUCCUAACCGACCCGGUAUGCAUACUAAUUUGAUAAAAUACUUGCUAAAGCUGAAAGCACCACGGAUAGUGUAUGUGUCAUGUAACCCCGCUACAUGCGCACGUGACCUUGAUUAUCUUUGUCAUGGUUCGGUGGAACAAAAGUUACAAGGAUGUUACACACUAAAAAGCUUACAACCUGUUGACAUGUUUCCUCACACUCCUCAUAUAGAAUGUGUUUGCUUGCUUGAGCUUUGUUGAUUGCAAAUUUCUCACCAUUUUAAAGACUACAAUUUUUGAUGAGACGACUGGUUAGGAAAGUAGACAGUUUACUUAAAAUCUAACGUAAUCGUAUUUCAUAGCAUAUCUUUUUAAGAUAAAUGAUCCCUCCACAAUAUCAUUUUUUGGUUUUUUGAGGCAUAUUUUUCUGCUGAUUCUAGUUAGCAUUGAUUUUGAUAUCUUGAUCAAGUUUCAGCAGGAUAUCAACUGAACAUGAUAUCAUAAAACCGUUGUAACAAUAUAUACCUGUAAUGAUACUUGUUCUAGUUAAGUGAGUAUCUAUGAAAUUAUUAGGACUUUAAAACCA